ACUACACCACAAUAAUUUAUCACCAUUCUUAUAUAUUUACCAGAUCCUGAAAAUUAAGAACGAUAUACAAAAUGACAACGAUCCGCAUUGGGCUAGGACUAGCGGCGGCGGUCGUUUUCGCGACGGUGCUGAUACAAGUUGGGACGGCGACAGAUGUAUAUGUCACGAUUCGUGUUAACAACAAGUUAAGCAGCAAAAAGACAUUGAUAGUGCAUUGUCAAUCCGCCGACGACGACCUCCACGCUCACGCGGUGGUCGCGGAUUUUUACUUCGAUUGGGGUUUCGUGUGGAGUCGUGCGACGCGUUUUUGGUGUCGGCUGGCGUUUCAAGAUAAGCGUCUUGGUUUCACAGCGUUCAACGGAGAUGAUGUAGCCACUUACCACGUAUUCGUUGCGGACUUCGAUGUGUACGAUGAUGGAGUUUAUGGGACUCAAGUUGUAUCUCAGCAACGACUUCAUUUUGCUAAAUGGCAUUGAUUGAUUUAACCUAGUUUCCGUCUUAAUUACUAUUGAAGAAAAGGAUCAAAAUGAACGUGAAAGGAAGAAAAGAAAAAAACCCAUUAUAUUAUAUUAUAUUGUGCGAGAUACUAGGGUUUGUGGGAAGGGAUAACAAUAGAUCAGUAAGUCAUUUGGUCGCUCUGGUACGACUGACAAUGCUAGUAUCUUUUCAUGAAAAAAUCAAUUUAAAUUUUAAAUAUAUUAUAUAUUAAGGUUAGAAAAUUUAAAAUGUGAUCAAAACAAGGGUUGACCUCAAUCUUCGAUUGUCGUAAUAAUGAACAAAAAACCGUGUCAAUUUACGCUAACAUCUUUAAUUUUACCACUUGCAUAUAUUUUAGAUAUUUCUAAAAAAAAAAUGGUGUGACUUUAGAAAUUCAUCUAACUACCAUUAUGAGGAGAAAUUCCUAAGUAAAAAAAGUCACGGAUUAGUUGCAAUUCUAUACUACAUCAUCACAUUAAAAAAAUGCCAAUGUCUAAGAUUUAAGUUCAUCUCAUUAAGGUCUAAUUUUAGACUAUGAUGGAUAUAGAACAUCGUUGUCAAAUCGGUGCCAUUCCGACCAAUUCAACAAGUGUCGAGCACCAAACCCACUGGAAAGUGGUCGGUUUGCAGCUUUAGUACUCAAUAUCGGCCGAUCUGACUAGAUAUUCGGAUUGCCAUCACUUUCACAAACGUCCCCCCACAACACAAGUAUUUGUACAACAAAUAUGCUUGGGAGUUGGGACUAUUGAAAGGAUUAUGUAAGGGAAAUACGACUAUAGUGAUUUAGUCUAUUUGGGGUCUGGCGAACAACUACGGAUCAUGACCGAUUGGUCAAUAUAGUCAGCCGAUAUAGCCCAAAUUUCCAUGUUAAUAGUAAAAUAUUGGUGAAUGGUUCAAAGAUUGUACCAGAACAACCAACAUUGGUGAAUGGUUCAAAGAUUGUAUCGUGCAUGCAGUGUGGUUGUUUGUGUGGCUGGAAAGGAAUCGAAGAGUGUUCGAAGAGAAGACCUUAUUAAUGGCCGAUGUUGUGGCCAGGAGAGCUUUUCAGAAUUCUAUGGAGUGGUUAGUUGCUCAAGGCACGGUCGAGAAAGCAGAUGGAGAGAGCUGGCGCAGGAUAUAUGAGGAUGGGAGGGGAUAGUUCUCUACGUUUGGAUUGAGCUUUUGCAGUUUGUUUAUUGUUUUGGUUGUUGUUUCUAAGGUGCCCUUCUGGUCUUUACAGUGGGUUGUGGGGUUGUUGCCCGGUUCUGGGCCUCUGUUCUUCUUUUUGGCGAAUCAGAGCAUUGUAGGGUCUUGCUCUGAACUUGUUUUAUGUUCGUUUGUUUUUUGGUUUUUGCUUGGUUCGACUUCUUCUCCUUGAGAUCAAUCCUGUUGAUCUCGUGCUCGCUUGUGUACAGUCUAUUUUCGUUAUUAAUUUUAAUCGCCAUUAUAAAAAAAAAAGUCAAAUAUUUACCAUCACAAUCUUAAUCAAUUAAAGAUAUUAAAUUUAA